UACUGGGAAACACGAUACUAGACGGGGAAGUAAGUAGAGAAGUGAUACACAUGCCACUGUAUCUGUCCGAGCUGAGACUGUCGAUUGUUACUGGGAUCAUCGGGCUAUCAUUUGAAAGAUGGAGACUCUAUGUUGACCAUAUAAAACGCGAAUGCUUAAGCAUCGAAUAUGACAUGUACUUUGGAAAUCCCAAUAUAGCGGAGUAUGAUCCUUAUGCUAUUCAUUCUGAUACGAAGAUUUCUUAUGUACAACCUAAGAGCUACUCAAGUAUAAUAAGCUUAGUUCAAGGCCAGCACGUAAAACAGCGUCCCAGUCUUCAAGUUCCUACACAGCAAAACAGGGCGGAACAAAACUACAGACAACCAAGACCAUUAACACCUAUACCAACAGAACCGAAACAACCGUUACACAACAAAGCCGCAGGAACCUGUCAUAGUACCCAGACAACUGCAAGUAUGUACAUAACGCCAAUAUCGCCAUCGAAGUCUGAUCUGGUGGUAAAUGCAAUUCCUGCGAUCCCUUGUAGAGCAUCGCCAGUACCUGAUUACUACCAAGAAGAAACGAAUGGCUCUGAGGCAAGACCAUCUGUCGAGGAAAGAAGGCAAUUCGCCACUAGGCACAGACAAGUCAUCCCAGAAAGACAACCAAUUUCUUCGCAUCAAACUGUUGCAAGGCAGCACGACAUGAAGAAUCCAAAAUACACCAACGAUCUUCCAAUAUCAUCUGUUUCACCAACAAUACAAACACAGCAUCAACAUUCGCGAGAAAAACUGAACGCAACUCCAUCAGAUCAAGUGAAUAUAAUUAAUGAUAGCAGUAGAAAAAGUAAAGAGGUUAUCAAUGUAGAAAAACUAUCAAUAAACGAAGUGUGUGAAUAUCUCAAAGUACUGAAACUGGAUCAAUAUUCAGAAACGUUCAGGAAUGAUAUGAUUGACGGAGCAAUACUAGUUGGUCUUACUGGAAGUAUGUUAAAGGAUGACUUUAGAAUGAGAGGAGUAGAGGCCUUGAGACUCUUGAAGUUUGCAAAAGAGGGAUAUAUACCAGCGUAGCAUCCAUGAACGCGCAACUGGGGUAUUUAGUACCAUAGGGGAGAAAUUAAUUAUGGUAUUAAAUCGGAAGGGUAAAUUGCAUUAAUUAAUUAAAGAAAUUCAAAUGUAGUGUAACAGUCAUUUUGUAAAUUAAAAAAAAAACUUUACCAAUUCGUACAUGCAUAAAAGCAUUUUGUUCAUUAGUUUAUCUCUUGGUAUAUAUUAUUUACACGAGCAUAUCUCUGAGGAUGGAUACUCUAAGACUUAUUAACCUGUCAUGUAAUUUUGAAACAUACUGGCAAAUAUGAGUGAGGUUUUGUGUCACUCUUUACCAUCGACCGAUAAAAGGCUCCCAAUCUGUAUUUGCCCUUGUUAUUUGUUUUACUUUGCCUAUGCAUAUCGGUGUACUAUAUUUCAUUAUUAUAUACAUUCAUAUGUGUUUCGCUUUAGAAAGGUUGCAGUCUGUGAACGUGUCUGUUCGUAUUGCAAUUUUUCUUCUUUUUUUCUAUGUUGCAAUUAUGCAGCCAUUUUAGCCGUAUUCCGUACAAAACUUCAUUUAUAUUGUGCAUGCCAGAGGGUGGAUCUAGUUAUAACACAUUUGCAUUAAUGCAAGAAGAAAAUGCUAAUAAACGAACAUUUCAGUGGUUGCGUCAUAUUUUACAGUGAAUAAACUAGAUGUUUAAACCACAUGCUACGCUUAUUCUUAUACGUAGUCGUUACUUUUACUACAGAUAAAAAGAUGUUUGUAAUACUCUAUAAAUACUCUUAAACUGUUGGAUUCAGGGUUGGGAAUGGGGUUCACCGCUAGUUGUAAACCCUGGCUAAUAAUUAAUAACGGGCAAAAUAUUAUAUUCCUUCUAGUGACCUAUAUAUUUCCGUACUCAUUAAAACUAAUUUAAAAAAUAUUUUUGUUUAUCUAUUCUGAGAUUUAAAAACUCUUUCAAAAUAUUAGGAGGAUUUUAGCAAAGAAGUUUAAAAUUAAUAAAGAUAUAUCCCCACACAACCUAUUUUCAACCGCCUAGGACUUUGUAUGAUAAAAAUCUUUACAAGCCAUAUUUAUCAGUUGUGAUUGUUUCACUGUUUACAGCAGAGACAGAACAUGUUAGGAACCUAUUCGCCUUCAGUUUUGGUACUUAGAAAAUUAUAUAAAUUCCAUUUAUGUAGCAGUACUAUGUUUUCAUGAAGUUUAUCUUAUUACUAAAAAACCUGCAUCUUUCCUUGUCUACUACCUAUUCUAGCUUAAGCCAAUAUCAGUAUUUAUAUAUCUUUUGCACUAAAUGUUUAUUGCUUAACACAUGCUUACUGCCAGAAUUGUGAAGCAUCAUAUUAUUAAAUUAUUUUGACAAUGCAAUCAUGAUGACUGUCCUUGCAACAUUUUUUUUUUCAUUUUCUAAGCAAUUUGAAAUAUUUGGAGUGUCAAAAGCUUAGCAAUCUUAUAAUACAUUGUCAUAUGUGACAGCUAUCAAUGUAGCAGGUGUGACACCCUGGUUCUCUUGAGUAAUUGAGCACAUGAUAAAGUUCUUUAAAUAAUGCACUAACUUCUGGCUGCCAUUUACUUUACCCUACCCCCUGUAAUUAAG